CAUGUCUCCUCUGAGCGUAUAUCUAAGCUGUGUUUGGAGCUCAGCUUGGCAGUUCACCGACUUGUUUGUUGAAAACACCUAGGGGUGGGACUACAGACAAAAUGAAACUUAGCCCUGCUCCUGAAAUCCAAGGCAUGACUCCCUACCGCUCGCUGCUCAGUCCCCAUACCAUCAGCCUCCCUGCCUCUGCUCGGUCCCCAUACCAUCAGCCUCCCUGCCUCUGCUCGGUCCCCCUACCUUCAGCCUCCCUGCCUGCGUCCGGACUGAAUACCAUGGCUCCGUGGACGGCUGCGCUGCUGCUGCUGCUCCACUGCGGAGUGGGCAUCUCUCUCCCUGCCCCCACCAACGUGUCAAUCACCUCGGUCAACUUGGAACACACUCUGCACUUCCUGCCCGGGUCUGAGACCCCAGGUCACACACACUUCAGGAUUCAGGUGAUGAAAGUCCGGAGGAAGAGCGUGUGGAAGCCAGCAGCUCGUUGCUCCAGCCUGGAGCCCGGCCAGACCUGUGAGCUCAGCGGCCUCAUGAAGGACCCCUGGGCCCGCUACCAGGCCCGCGCCCAGGCCUACAGCCCCGCCGGCAGCACUUCGGACUGGGCCACCUCGGGCCUCUUCCAGCCCAUGACCCACUCGGCUGUGGGGCCCCCUGACGUGUCGGUGGCCGGCUGUGGGAACUGCCUGGUGCUGCAGGUCCGACCUCUGACCAGCAGGUGGCAGCAGCUGGAGCGCUACAGACACAUGUUGCUGUCUGUACGCAGGACCCGGGACGGAGUACAGUUCCACAUGUCUGUCGACUACGAAGAGAAGACUGUGAUUGGCUACCUGGAGCCCGGGGUGGAGUACUGUGUGAUGGUGUCCAUGGUGGCGUUCAUCAAACAGAAAUCGGCCCCUGUUAAAUACUGUGCCUUCACCAGCCCUCCCAGGAACAACCGCUCAGUCCUCCUGGUCCUGCUGGGGGCCUCCGGCCUGCUGGCCGCGGCCCUCGUUGGGUUCCUGGUCCUCCGCCGCCGCCUCCAGGCUGGGCCGCACGCCCCCGGCACCCGGGACCCCGAGGGGUCUCUCAGCCCUCUCUGUGAUGACGGAGCCCAGUGAAGCCUCCUCUUCAUGUCUGGCCCUCACUGAGAGACCAAUGGGCAGAAGAAGAAGGAUGGGGAUAAAUCUACCUUUUAAUGUCGUUGUUCUGACCUCUGUCCAUUUAUUUUAUUUUCAUUUUUCAUCUUUGAUGUGUUGCUUACAGACAAGUAGCACACGCCUCAAUAUGCUGCCAUAUUUUAAUGUUAAUUAACUCUUUCAACAUUUGUAUAACUGUAUCCAUUUACUAAUAAGCUGUGAGCCACUAUAAAUCAGUAAAGUACAUCUUCUAGAUCCAUUACGUUUCUUGCUGUUUGUUUACUGUCAUAAUAAACUGAUAAUAUUUAAAUCAA